AUGCUGGCAACACCGGUCUCCCCAGCCAUGCCCCUCUCGGGCUCCGGGGCAGACAUGGACGUCGCUUACCCACCCAGCCCACGGAGCCUACUACCCCUGGGCACCAGAGCCGCAACGGCCAGCAACCUAGUGGCCAGCUUCGGGCAGCCUCAAGACCCCGAGGAGAGGUGGUGGUGGGCACGGUGUGGACCGCUCUUCUACACCAUCCUCAAGGCGUCGGGGUCGUACACGGCCGAGCAGACGGCGGACCACAUGCGGGUGGUGCGCGACGUGGUGGUGCCCAGCCUCGGGCCCCGGCCCAGCCGCGCGGCGACCAAGGCGCUCAUCACGCUGGACGGGUCGCCGAUGGAGCCGAGCUGGAACUUCACGCGGGGCCGCAGCGUGGUGCGUUACGCGUUCGAGCCGCUGUGGGACACGGGCAGCCGGGCGGACGAGCCGUUUGGCGGACGGCAGGUGCCCGAGUUGGUGCGGCAACUCGCCGGGGUGGCGGCGCCCGACACGGACCUGGGCUGGUUCGACCAGAUCUGGGCGCGGUGGAGCGUGGCGGGCGACGAGGCGGCGCGGGCCAAGCAGGGGCUCGUGGCGCACGGCAAGCCGGCGUCGGCGCGCGUGCCGCAGCUCUUCCUGGCGUUUGAUCACCACGGGGCCGAGCGGCGGCUCAAGAGCUACCACUUCCCCAUGCUCAAGCACCUCGCCACGGGCGCCAGCACGGAGCAGCUGAUGCUCGACAUGAUCGCGGACCUGCGCCCGGGCGGCGACGAGCUGCAGGCCGCGGCGGCCAAGAUGAAGACCUUUCUGGACAGGACCAAGUACCCGGCCGCGGUGGAGAUGCUGAGCAUCGACUGCGUGGACCCGCGGGCGGCGCGGGUCAAGAUCUACGCGCGCACGCGGACCAACUCGCUCGACACGGUGCGCGAGACCAUGACGCUGGCCGGCCUGCAGACGGACGAGCACACGAUGGAAGGGGUGGCGCGGGUGGAGAGGUUCUGGCACCUGCUGCUGGACGAGCGCCGCGGCAUGGACGCGGAGCAGAGCAAGGAGCUGCGGGUCAAGGCGACGCACCACACGGGCAUCUGCUUCGUGUUCGAGAUCCGGCGCGGGAGCGACCACGUCAGCGUCAAGCCGCAGAUGCCGUGGUGUCAGACCAACGGGACAGACGCCAGAGGGACAGAGAACUUUGCCGCCGUGCUUAGAAUGUUUGGGUGGGAGGACCACGCGGAUCGGUUCGAGAAGGGCGUCAAGGCUGUCGCUGCUCUACCCGGCCAGAACUAUGCAACCGAGUCGGGAGGACUCUCGUAUCUUGCCUACGAAUACAACCAAAAAGGGGGAGAUUACAUUUCAACCUAUUUUUCACCACGCUGUGAUGCUGACCACGGGCUUGACUGA